AGGACUGCGUUGCCUCCCGCAACCCGCCUUUGCCUGCCGUCCACCGCUUCUCUCUGACUUUCUUCUCUUCUCCCCACCACUGCAACUCUCUUUCUCUCCUUUAUCCUCCAUCCUGUCCUUCCCUUGCUUCCUUUCCUUCCGCCUUCUCGUGUACAUUUUAUCCUUCUUCACGAAUCCCCGACCUUGAAUUCACUCAUCCAUCUCUCCUAUUUCUCUGCUGUCCAGCUGUUUGUGGGCCAUCAUGAACAGUCUGGUGGCUACACCACCUGUGCCUCCACACUUUUACGAACAUCCUCGUCUCUCUCCCUCUCGUUCAAUGUCUACCCCAACCCACCAUUACUCCAGCCGCAAACGGAAGGCCGAUGAUGAUGGCAACGAUCAUGACGGACGGAUGUCUGCUUCUCCUACCAACUCUCCCGCCCUCACACCUCGAGCUCUUCCCGCUGGCCGGAUCUACAAACGUGCCCGACCGAAUGUCUUUGGCAGACCUCUCGCUCUCCCCCGUUUACUCGAAACCCUCGACACAGAUGCCCUGCGAGGGGUUCUACGAUCCAUGUGCGAGCGUCACCCCGAUCUAGUCGACGAAGUGGUGCAUACAUCUCCUCGACCGAGCGUCGGCUCUGCACUUCAAGUUCUACGAAAUUACCAGUCUACUUUGCAGUCCUCCUUCCCCCUGGGUGGCAGCCCUGGAUCCGACUACGCAUACAACCGAGUACGGCAGCCUCUUAGCGACCUCCUAGAUGCUUUGAGUGACUUCACGCCACAUUUCUUGCCUCCCCAUGAGUCGCAGGCUUCCGUUUCCCUGAGCUACUUGGAUGGUGCUACCGAUAUUAUUCACAACCUGCCUCGAUGGAGUACGCCACACAACAAUAUAGAACGAGAAUCUGCCUACGAUGAAAUAUGCAAGGCUUGGAUCCUGGUGAUCAGAGAAGCAGGCAAACGCGGAGGUGGCAUUCAGCUACAAUACGGCGGCUGGGAUCAGAAACUGGCGAAACACAACCAGAACUCUGGAGGCAAGAUGCAGGCGGCCGUGAACGAACUCGGGUCCAGUCUGGGCUGGAUGCAUGGACCGGAUACCCAAAACUAUGGAAACCCCGUUGGGAAUGAAUUUGGAUCUAUCCGAGAGCAGCUUCUGUCUGGAACGUAUGGACUCGGCACUCCAGUCAAGGUCGGGCCUUGGUGAAACUGCCCACUUAUUCAUACCCGACGACAUGUCACAUUUAUUUCCCACAAUCACCAUCACCCACCACCACUAUCACCACUGCCCGGGCAAUUAAAUUGCUCCGCAUCCCAUUCCAAAAAAAGCUAUGGUCCGAAUCCUCGACCGCGCACAUCCACGUAUGAUACGAUCAUGAUACCUACUGCAUGAAACUAGAGAGUUGAGGGUCAGAUUGGCGUUUACAGUGUGCAAAGGAGAAUACUUUAUUUUUUAUCUUCUUUCUUUUCUAUUUGUUGUCAUAUUUCUGGAAACCAAAGCAAUCGUUUCGAUCCUUUCCUAGAUUCCCAUUGUUUUUUUAAGGGCAUUGUUUUUUACCGUCUUCCUGCUCUUUCAGAUUGCACCAUAUUAUUUGUUUUCGAAACGGUCAAG